AUGUUUGCAGCUCUCAAAGAACUAAGAUUUGCAUCCAAACUGUCUCACGCCAUUUGCUUGGGAAUAGAGCCAGAUCAAGGUCAGUGGUCACUGAAUUUAGACUAAGUUUUGCGUACUUACGGCGUUAACUAUUUCAAAAAUCAAACAUGAAAUAGAGUAGGAAGGUUGAACAAAUGUGUGAAAAAUGCGGAUGGAAGAGUAGCCAUAACAACCUCUGUCACACUCUUCUUAAAGUGGAGUAUCGGAUACAAGGACACAAAACCGAGGGAAAGUGGAAGGGGGCACGCGGAAAAAGCACGAACUCAGGGCUAGUACAAAUGCAAAUCUAUGACCCCAGGGCGUAUGUGCGAAGAGAUCGCUCGCAAACUUACCAAAAAAGUUCCCAACUUUAAUCAUUGAUCUUCUUCUUUAUAUAGAAAAGGCAAACAUCAUGGGAACUUGUAAAGUAACAAACUAAGUUGUGGAUAAACCUUACCGCCGUUUACGUAAAUCAAAAAAUUGUAACGUACAUUAAGGAAAAAUUUGUCAAGGGUCUCUGUUUUUCAAACUCAUUGUGUUAUUAGGGGGGUUUGAGCCACAGCCUCCAUUUGAUAUGUCAAUUGUGCGAGACUAUCCCAAGUGCGGAUUCAAGCCGCUGAAUUCAUAUCAGCAAGCAGCUGUGAGAGGUGCUCUUGAGAAGCCAUUUACCCUCAUCCAGGGUCCUCCAGGUAUUGCUUUAACAUUUCAUAUUAAAAGAAGAUAAAAUACUUGGGUCUUGACGCGUGUGCUUACUUUACCUUACCUAUUCAUAAUACUAGGUGAAGGCACCCCGCCCUUAAUCCUCAGCCACUGAGGAUAUAUUGGAUGUAAAUUAUGGCGACGAAAAAACUUCAUUUUACAUGAACAAGAAUGGUUUUAUCUCAAAAUAUUUUCCUCUCUUAAGGGUAUUGGGCAAAUCUAGCUAUUACUGUGCCUACCUGUCUGUCUGUUUGACAACCUUUAUCACAACUAACAUUUGUUUGUGGUAGAGCUUUAUAGUUAGUCAUUAAAAAGAUCAAAUAAUGCAUCUAUGUCCAUUUUGAGGUACGGGCAAGACAGUGACAGGUGUCCACAUCGCCUUCGGUUUCGCGAAACGAAACAAGCAAAACCUCCAUAAUUUUGAUCUGGGAAAUCAAGAGGAACCGAAGGCACCACCGCAAGUUAUUUACUGCGGUCCUUCCAACAAGGCAGUAGACGUUGUAGCCGGUAAGUUUCUUGAAAAGAAAAAACUUCGCCAUUUAGAUUUGUUACAAUCAUUUUACGUCAUUAUGAUUAAGACGAUAAAUCAUAAAUAUUUCCAGCCCUUCGCAUUUAAUUCAUAGCAAAAUACGAGUGAAAAAGUACUACUGAAUACGUCUUUAAUGAUAUUUAACACGCGUUUCGUGGUAUGGUUCUGACAAAUAUGAGGAAGUAGAACACAAGAACAGGUGUAUUACGCAACGGUGGUUAAAUGUUCCCAUCCAUUAAACUCAAAUGGAAAAUAACAAAUCAGCAAUUUUAAGGAUGAACUAACUUUUUUCUCGUUUGCGUUCAAUAAAGAGUACAUGAUUAAAGUUCCUGGCCUCAAGAUCAUCCGCGUGUACAGUGAUCGGAAAGAACAGGCAGAGUUUCCAAUCCCUAACAAACGCCAGGCUCUUAAACAGUCCAGCGACGAUGGGAUCGGAAUACCUGAGAAACUGAAGAACGUUUCGCUGCAUCACAUAAUUCGAAAAUAUCCAUGUCCAUAUGCUAAUGUACUUAAGAUGUAUGAAAAUAAGUUUGAGGAUGAUAGGAAGAAAAAUAAGAGAACCAGCAAGGAAGAAGUAACUGCAUAUUGCCAGGUGAGCACCUAAGAUUCAACGCUCCUUGGGUAAUCUCAGUGUCUUCAAGAGAGAUGUUGAAUCAACGAAAGUCGUGUAAUUCAACUACAUACACUGGUAUGAUAUUUUAAACACCGAUCAAGUUAAGUUCACAAGAUGACCUUCGCAUUGAUUUUUCAACCACGCAGCUACCCAGGCCUCCAUUCGUCCAUUCGUCUAUUGUCCAUUCAUCCACUCGUUAGUUAAUUCAUCCCUUCACAUUACGUUCAUUUAUUUAUUCAGUCAGUCAGUCAGUCAGUCAGUUUUUAUGUUAGAGACGUUAUAUUUCUUUCUUUCAUUUCUUCAAUCUUAUAUCUAUAAUUACAACAUUAUUUCACCAUUUGCUCAUUUUUUGGCUUGUUUGCUGAUUCACUCAUGUUCAGCUAAUCGGCAUAGCCGAGGUUUGGGCACUUCAAUCAUCAGGAGCCCAGGUUAUCCUGUGCACGUGCUCGGUUGCUGGUAGCCGUAGGAUUGCAACUGCCUGUGAUAACGUUCAACAAUGUAUCAUUGAUGAAUGCGGCAUGUGCAUGGAACUUGAAUCUCUUGUACCAAUCACUUUCUCGAAAGCAAAGCAAGUGGUGUUGAUCGGUGAUCAUAAACAGUUACAGCCUGUUGUUAUAGACCAACAGGCAUUGACGCUCGGUUUGAACAUAUCGAUGUUCGAGAGGCUUUCUGACCGAGCCCAAAUGCUGGAAAUUCAAUACAGAAUGGUAAUCAAACCUUUUAUUCCUCUUAUUUUUUUACGAUGGUUUUUUUUUUUAAAUUUAAAGCAUCAAUUAUUGGCCCAUAUAUUUAGCAAUCUUACCUUAAUAAACCUUCCUAUCUUUAUCACUGCCCACUUGCAGCGUUACCAUAGUCUAAAGACGAGCACUGCUAGCUGUGUCAGACUUUUACACUCUUGCACUGACUUUAGGAAUGAAGACUAGUCGAAGAACACAGAAGGAUUUUAGCUGAUUUUUUUUCUAGUAUCCAUUCUUGCAUUCUAAAAGAAAAAAAACGAAAAAGCUGAGAAAUAUUUUUGACUUCGUGAGAUAUUCUUCUGAAAUAACAGUUAUUUCUGAUAACAUACAUAAAAGGCCUUAGGUAUCACUGAAUGGAGCUGCUCAUUACAACACUUACCCUGUGCAAACGUAAACAUAAGGCGCCGAAAGCUAUCUCCCCGUCUUAUUUUUUAACUAUUCUUUUUGUGAAAGCCUACUACUUAAGUUCAAUCUUUUUGUUGUUCUUUCAGCAUAGGGAGAUUUGCAGUUUUCCAUCGGAAUAUUUUUACAAAAGCAAAUUGAAAACAGACGAGUCUGUACCGACCAAUGGCCCAAACUUACAAUCGUUUUGGCCUAAUCCAAAUGUUCCUCUGGCAUUUUGUCAUGUCGAGGGUGACGAGGAAAGUACAGCCAUUAAGACAACACAUAGUGGUGAGCAGUCAAAGUCAAAUCAGAAAGAAGUACGAAAAGUGGUAAGUAGUAUUCAGUCACCAUCGGCUUAAAGUUGAAGUUACACCAAUGUUUUAAGCCAUGUAUUGUUUCUAAUUAGAUUGAAGGCAUUGAACCAUUGACAUCAUUUUUGGUCUGUUUCGAACAAAAUAGGAGAUUCCAAAUAGCAGGUUGCAAAAUUUGAUCAACUGUAGAAUUAAAAUAGUUGAUAUGUAAGUCGCUCAUUAGAAAAGGAAGAAAUUCAAAAUGAGUUUUAACCUAAGCAAAAAGAAAGCGCUUCUGGUUCUUCGCUUCUCUAAAUGAAGACGAAGAAGCGAGCGGAAACCACCAUAAGAAAAUCCUUGGAUAAAUGAGAUAUCAAUGGCCCCCUGAAAUCAUUAAAUUGUAUCAAUAACUGUCAAAAGCCUCUGCAAAAACAACUGUUUUAUGUGAAUUAGCAAUUAAACAAAUUUAAAUUAUGUAUAUUCGGUAAACUAAUACUUUUUUUAACGUCAGGUCCAUGUUGCUAGAAGCUUGGUUUUCAAAAAUGGUGUUUCCCCGUCAGAUGUCGUUAUCUUAUCGCCUUAUAGAGAACAACGCGAAAGAAUAAGCAAAGCUCUGGAAGGAAAUAUAAAAUCCAAAGAAAUCCCGGUCACAACCAUCAUAAAAAGCCAGGGUAAACCUAAUUUCUUAAAUUUUUUUCUGUUUAGUAUUAAAUCUUUUUAUUUUCCUUUUAUUUCUAAGCUUAACGGUAAUUAUAACGUUGAGAACCUCUGUGCGAUUUCGUUCAAAUGAAAGUUGAAUAUUGUUAUAUUUAAAGCCCAAUCGGCUCCAAAAUGUUAGUAAAAUUGCAGAGAAAAAAAGAAGAGCCUAUGCAAUUGAUCUUCAAGUUAAUUCAGUGAAGUGAAAAGUUCGACAUUAUCAAUUCAAAGUAAAUUUGUGGAUUUUGAUCAUAUCGACCAAUUUCAAUCAUUAGAUUGUGGUUACUCAUUGUUACGCAGCGAUAUUAUCAAAAUGCUCAAGCCUCUUUGAGAAAUGCACAUUCACUCUUAAUGUUUCCCACAUUUCAUGUCAUGCAGGAAGUGAAUGGGAUUACGUAAUCUUAUCUCUGGUGCGCUCGCUGAAUAAGGAUGAUCUCGAACCAGAACCCUCCAUGUAUUGGUUGCGUGAACAUUUGGGAUUCUUGACGGACGAACAUCUAAUGAACGUCGGGCUGACAAGAGCGCGGAAGGGGCUCUGCAUCAUUGGUAUGAGAGAAAUAUGUUAUGUUUUUAUUUAUAGUUAACUAAUACCUUGCAAAGUUUAGGCAGAUACACGUAAAAUGAACGAGAAUUUUGUGGCCAGUAAAAUCAUUGAGUGAGUUUAUACGGUAUGGGGAACUGAUAUCGGCUCUUUCUAACAAUUAACAUCUGUUUCCCGCUGUUUUAAAGAAUUUUUAAUGGAUUUAUUCUUCAAAAUGCACUGAAAUUAACUCAAACUCCCAUUUGCCGAAAGCGCAAAUUCAAGCAGUUGUUAGCAGCCCAAGAAGCUCGUUGAUUUAGAAAAAUCUGACUCCGAAGCAGAGUCCACUUUUCCCAUUUUUAUUUUAUCUUUAUCAUUUUACUGACCAAUUUUUUUUCCUUAGGUAACAAGGAACUACUGGUGCUUCAUCCCAUGUGGCAAGAGUUGCUAAAAUUCUACGAAAAAAGAAAAUGCGUGGUCAAUGAAUCUUCCUGGCCUAAAAGCUGAAGCCAGCUUAAUUUUAAUUACUCACUGUUGAAAAUAUCAACCAUAAUUUUGAGGAUUAUUCAAGAUAGGCUUUCUGAUUUUGAAUAAACCAUUUUUCUUCGAAAUAAGAAUUUACCUGAGCUACCUGCAAAUCAUUCUUGUAGAUAUAAAUUAGUAGGUAACUUACUCACUUUUAAAUGGCUUCAACAUAUAUAAUCUCCCUUUAAAACACGUCAAAUGAUCAGGAGAGUAUCCUUGCCUCUGCUGAAUGGGAUUCUGAACCAUCUAAAGCUGACUUCGCCAAUUCUUGUUGAAAAAGGAAACGCAAUGCUGUGAGGAAAACGCAUUAAUAUGGAAUAUAUCCAAUUUAACUAUGUAACGCGAUUCGAUCACCUACAGAACACAAGAUAGAUUAAUUAAUGCAUUGAAAAUCAAGAAAAAGAGUAUAGAGUUUAUAUAAUUUUACAAAGAGGGACAAUUUUUUACAAUCUUUUUUCCACGGAAAAUUGAUAACCUGGCGACCCACGUGCAAGAGUCCAAUUUUUCAUCCAGAGAAAUCAGUCAAACGGGUUGCUCUAUUAGAUAAAGAAUUUUAAAACGCAUGAAGCUUUAGGAGAAGGUUUUAGAUGCUUUUAAUUACAAAUGUAGUUAGUAAUCAAACUACAACUUACUUUGGAAAAUGAUUCAAUGAAAAUGUUGGUUCAGAACUUAGCUUUGUUUGUCGGUUAAUUUUGAUAUUUUUACACAAACGCUUUCAAGAUAC